AUGAAGAACCAAGAACACAGUCUUCCAGGUUUAUGGUUAAGCAAAGAUGAUAAGAACAAAAAACAAUAUAGGAUCAUGUUGACUGCAGCCAUUGAUUGUGUUAGAUUUUUGUUACGUCAGGGAUUAUCAUUUCGUGGGCAUGAUGAGUCUUCCAAUUCAGAUAAUCGAGAAAAUUAUUUAGAGAUAUUUGACUUUCUAGCUUAUCAUAAUGAAGAAAUUAAGACAGUGACAUCCGCAUAUGCUAACUCUAAUCUGAAGUUAACUUCACCAAAAGUCCAGAAAGAAAUAUGUUUUGCUGCAUCAGCUGAAACUUUAAAAUUUAUCAUGAAAGAUAUUGGUAACUCAUAUUUCUCAAUUAUAGUUGAUGAAUCACGUGAUGUUUCUACGAAAGAAAAAUUUGCUAUUGCUGUGAGAUAUGUAGAUAAAUUGGGCCAAGUGAUUGAAAGAUUUAUAGGCAUCAAACAUGUCACAUUCACUAAUGCGGUUACACUAAAGGCAGCCAUUGAAGACAUUCUAGCCAAACACUCAUUGAGCAUACAAAGGAUGCGUGGUCAAGGAUAUGAUGCGGCAUCCAAUAUGCGAGGGGAAUUUCAUGGUUUAAAGGCCCUUAUUCUAAAAGAUAAUCUGCAAGUAUUUUAUGUUCACUGUUUCGCUCAUCAGCUCCAAUUAUGUUUGGUGGCAGUGGCAAAGAAUCAUUGGCAAGUAAAACAUCUGUUUGAGUUCACUUCUAGAAUUAUUAAUACUAUCGGGGCUUCUUGUAAGAGAUCAGAUGCUCUUAAAAUAUUCAGCAUGAUAAAGUACUUCUUCAUCUUAAAAAUGGCAAUCUCAUAA